UGCUUGCUCUCGACUCUUCCGCUCGCUGACCAGCCUCCCAGUCUCGAUCUUUGCUCGCAAUGACUUCCUACGAGAACGUUCCCAAGGGUCCCCGCCCCGAGGUUGGCCGCUACUAUGGCUUUGACCACAUCACCUUCUGGGUCGGCAACGCCAAGCAGGCCGCCGGCUGGUACGUCUCCAAGUUCGGCUUCGAGAGCUGCGGCUACCGCGGCCUCGAGACCGGCGACCGCGAGUACGCCUCGCACGCCGUCCGCCAGAACGACCUGACCUUUGUCUUCAAGUCGGCCCUCAACCCCGACGAGAAGAUCAUCAAUGACUUUUUGAGCAAGCACGGCGAUGCCGUCAAGGACAUUGCCUUCACCGUCGACGACGCCCGUGGCAUCUACAAGAAGGCCAUCGAGCGCGGCGCAAAGUCCAUCCGUGCUCCCUAUGAAAUCUCUGACAAGGAUGGCACCGUCGUACUGGCCACCGUUGCCACCUACGGCGAUGUCGAGCACACCUUUGUCCAGCGCAACGCCUACACCGGCCCCUUCCUCCCCAACUUUGCCGCCCCCAUCAGCCGCGACCCCAUCAACGGCUUCCUGCCCGCCACCAACCUCCUCCGCGUCGACCACGUCGUCGGCAACCAGCCCGACAACGGCAUGAUCCCCGCCUGCGAGCUGUACGAGAACGCCUUUGAUUUCCACCGCUUCUGGUCCGUCGACGACAAGCAGAUCACCACCGAGUACUCUGCCCUCCGCUCCAUCGUCAUGACUGAUUACGACGAGGUCGUCAAGAUGCCCAUCAACGAGCCCGCCGUCGGCAAGAAGAAGUCGCAGAUCCAGGAGUACGUCGACUACCACGGCGGCGCCGGUGCCCAGCACAUUGCCAUCCGCACCGAGGACAUCAUCAACAGCGUGAGCAACCUCCGCGCCCGCGGUGUUGAGUUCCUGUCGAUCCCGCCCAAGUACUACACCAACCUCAAGGUCCGCCUCGCCUCUUCGGCCGUCAAGAUCGCCGAGGACCUCAGCAUCAUCGAGAAGCUGAACAUCCUCGUCGACUUUGACGAGAACGGCUACCUCCUCCAGAUCUUCACCAAGCCUCUCGAGGACCGCCCCACCCUCUUCAUCGAGAUCAUCCAGCGCCGCAACUUUGAGGGCUUUGGCGCCGGCAACUUCAAGGCUCUCUUCGAGUCCAUCGAGGGCGAGCAGGCCAUCCGCGGCAACCUCUAAAUACCUUGGACUACUGUCGUGGCGCUCCUGCCCCUUCCCGCGCCGCCAUUUCUCGGCAACCCACUCCUCUAUCACAUAACCCCUUCAUGUACCAUGUCUUGAUUGCACCGUCCGUCCGCCCUGCACGAGCUGUAUGACCUCUCACUGGCUGUGUGUGCGCCCUGGCAAAGUCCAUCAUAUCAUUCCUCCUUUGCCCCGCCUGCCGCACUGAUCCGGUGUAUGUUUUUGGAUUCCUACUCAAUAUACUCACUAUUGUGAAUCG